GUUUGCCAGUGGGGAGGAACAGGUGCAACAAAAAAGCGGAAUUACAAAACAGUUGGUUCGGAACACACAGAAGGUCGGUAUUUCGAAAAUACUGAAAUAAUACGAUAACAACGCAUGUCAGGGAACCCUAGUACCCGUCGAAUUGCGCCAAGUGUAGUGGUAUCGCAACAAAAAACAAUUAGAACUUAAUGGUGCACCGGUGGUGAAGUUAUAAUGGGUGACAGUAACGAUUGUUUUGUUACGGCCAACGAUUUGCCGAUAUCGUUCGCAAUCAAAUAUUUAGGUAGCCAACCGGCGAAAGGCCUUUGGGGAAUGAAACACACAAGAAAACCGGUCGAUUAUCUAGUAUCACAAGCGAAAAAUCUAUCUGCAAACGUAAUAUUACCGAUAGUAAAAUUCACCGUAAACAUCAACGGGGUGCAAUUUGUCGAAAUAACGAAUAAGAAACUCGCCCAAUCUCCGCCAACGAAAUUCUCAGUCGACACAAUCUCUUACGGCGUGCAAGAUUUAAUUUACACCAGAGUGUUCAGCAUGAUAGUCGUUACCGAUGACAAUUUGAAAAACGGAGUGCCUUUCGAAUGCCACAGCUUCCUGUGCGAAUCCAGAGAUCAAGCCAGGCAAAUCACCUACGCCUUGGCGGCCGCUUUCCAGGAUUUCGGGAAGAAAAACAAAGAGAAUGGAACAAAGAAGCCGGUAUUCGCCAUUGAUUUGAGGACGCCCGAAGAGCAAGCAGUUGCUUCAGACGGUGAAACAGAAGCUUGAAGUUGUAUUUUAGAUUUAGUUUUUUUCGAUGAUAUUUUAUAAUUUGUUAUAGAUAGGAUUAUUUUUAAGGAAGAUAUUAUAAAUGAACAGUUUGUAUGACCUUGCUUAUUUUUACUUACAGUUGUGGUUAUGCUAAAAAAAUGUUUGGUUAAUCACCAAAUUUAUUAAAAUAUUUUAAGUUACAUUUUAAAACCC